CCCUGUGGAGGCGGAGUCAGAGCUUGUGAUGUUUGUAGUUUAGAUUCAGCGACACAAACCUCCGAGUUUCACCGUUUCCGUGUAAAAUAACCUCCGACAGUGAGCCGAGGGACCGUUCACACACCACAGAGCCGGGACGAACACGGUAAAGUGCCCGGUGAACUGAACGCUGCAGCGGAAAAAUGUCUGCGGGCUCCGGGAACAGAAACACGAACACGGAACCGUGGGGCAGCUUCGAUGACAACCUCAUCCAGGGCGGCGGCUCGGCGGUCAUCGACAUGGAGAACAUGGACGACACGUCGGGCUCCAGCUUCGAGGACAUGGGAGAGAUGCACCAGAGGAUGAAGGAGGAGGAGGAGGUGACCGCUGAGGCGGCCGCCACCGAGGACGACGUCACAGAGGACGGAGAGUUUCUGGGCAUGAAGGGGUUAAAGGGCCAGCUGGGCCGACAGGUGGCGGACGAGGUGUGGCAGGCGGGGAAGCGCCAGGCCUCCAGAGCCUUCAACCUGUACGCCAACAUCGACAUCCUGCGGCCGUACUUUGAUGUGGAGCCGGUGCAGGUCCGCAGCAGGCUGAUCGAGUCCAUGAUACCUGUCCGCAUGAUCAACUUCCCCCAGAAGAUCGCAGGUGAGCUGUACGGCCCGCUGAUGCUCGUCUUCACUCUGGUGGCCAUCCUGCUGCACGGCAUGAAGACGUCAGGGACCGUCAUCAGGGAGGGGACCCUGAUGGGAACAGCCAUAGGAACGUGCUUUGGUUACUGGCUCGGCGUUUCCUCCUUCAUCUACUUCCUGGCGUACCUGGUCAACGCUCAGAUCACCAUGCUGCAGAUGCUCUCCCUGCUGGGUUACGGUCUGUUUGGUCACUGCAUCGUCCUCUUCGUCACCUAUAACAUCCACUUCCACUUCCUGUUCUACAUCCUGUGGCUGCUGUUUGGAGGACUGUCCACCCUGCGCAUGGUGGCGGCUCUGCUGUCUCGUACAGUGGGUCAGACUCCUCGCCUCCUCCUCUGCGGGACGCUGUCUCUGCUCCACAUGCUCUUCCUGCUCUACCUGCACUUCGCCUACCACAAGAUCGUCGAAGGGCUGCUGGACUCUUUGGAAGGACCCAACAUGGCGCCCAUGCAGCGGGUGGCCAGAGACGUACCUGAGCUGACACUGAACGCCUCAUUGAGGACCCUGGGGCCCCUGCUGAGGGCUCGCUGAGGCCCCCAACACAGACACAUCUCUUUCUGUCAGAACCUUCAAGUUAAAAGUUGAUCUCUUUCUCUGUACAUUUUUUAUUCUUUCUGAGUGUCUGUAAUAUUUUGGGUUGUUGACAUGUAUUUAUAGUUUCUGUACAGACUCUAAUAAACUAUGGGAUGGACAGUGUG